GUGUGUGCUGGAGUGGAGUACAGAGGGACAAGGUCAGAGAGCGAAGAGGCAGAGAGGAAGAGAUGCUGCACCUGUGAGUGAUCACCUGAGGAGGAGAAGAAGAAGAAGAAGAAGAAGAAAAAAGAAAACAGAGAGGAGUUAAAGAAUUCAUAAACAUGGCGGUGCAGUAUCACAUCUGAGAGAAUCUCCUUCAGCCAGCUCGUCGUCAUCAGGGUUUAUCCAGAGCGUCUGAGGAAACUCCAUCUGCUGAUAAAGUUGGUUGAAAGCUCGGGAAAAAGCUAGUCAGUCCUCCAGUCUCUGUCGGUGCCAUGGCUGACCCAAGCUGGUGGAAGCUGACCUUCUCCCGCAAGAAGAAAUCUGAAUCUAAGGUUCUGUACGAGAUCCCAGCCGAGUAUGGCAGCAACACCGGCAACAAAGAGCACUCAGGCAAUAAUCCCCCUCCGGACCAUAUGGACAGUCAGUUCAAUGCCAGACUGGAGAAGAUUGUGGAUAAAUCUGCCACCAAGGGCCGCCACGUCAAGGUCUCCCACUCCGGUCGCUUCAAGGAGAAGAAGAAGGUCCGUGCCACGCUGGCCGAGAACCCAAACCUGUUUGCGGAGCACAACCUCAGUGACGAGAACCAUAAAAAGAAGACUGACAAAUAGUGACACCGGCUCCUGAAAACACAAACCAAAAAUGCACAUACUUGAUCACAAACGUGUCAUAUGUCAAUGUCACACCUAUGAAAGCUUCGACGGAGGCUAAAACACAUGCAAACACAACCAUGUUGCAGCACAUGUGCAGCGUGCAAGGUGGACAAACACUUGCUGCACCACACCCAGGCAGAUACUGUAACCAAUGAACUCACACCUAAACAAACAAGUGGUAUCAGCCAUUACACUUUGACAGAACAGAGGCUUAAACAAAGUAUGAGGCAUUUUUCUUUGGAAAAUAUCAAAAGGUUUUACUACUUUUACUGAACAUUAAAUCUCCCAUUAACUUUCUUGUGCUCACAUUGUUGUUAUAUAUCUUUAAAUAUGAUCACUGACAUGAAGGAAAAGUAAAAAAAAUAAAACUGCCUAACCUCAUACAUCUUCAUCCUCAUGAUUGAAUUUUUUUUUAUUAUUAUAGAUGUAGAGUUUGAGAAUUCAACUUCCUUUUUUAAAAAAAAAAGUUUUAUUCAAUCGAUACACAGGUGAAGAUAUGUUUGUGUAGGGUGCAACCAAAGCACAGUAAAUUUUUAUUACAUUUUUGUGACCAAAGCAAAUAGACACUUGAUUUUAAUGACUGUGUGAGACAUCGUUGAUGCUCCGCAGAUAUGGUAAAUUAAAAAAAUAUACUGUUUAUAUGAUCUUUUAUGGAAUCUUUAAAAAAAAAAUUGUAUUUUGUUUUUAAUAAAUGUAUCAUGAUGUGUUAACA